AAAAAAAAAAGAAAAAAAAAAAAAAAGCUUCGCGCUGUUCCAUCCCAAGAAAAAAAAAUCCAUUCACAGGCGACUCACAGCAGUCUUCGUGCUGCGAUUCUUAGAUGCGACGGCAAAGACCCCGAUAAUUCAAGCGCAAUAUUCACAUAGGGUCUCGGAGUUCAUUACGACGGAUAACUUGCCAUAAUGCCUCACUCAGAGCCAGAGGGUCCAUCGGUCAAGCGUCAGAAGCUCAAUUCGGUCGCGAGACCAAAAUCAUCCACAUCGCAACAGUCUAGGAUCUUUGCUCCGUAUCGGACUAUUGGCCUCGUUUCUCCUACCAAUGUGCCCUUUACCUCUGUUCCUCUCGGGAACACUACCUUCCAGGUUACAACGUCUAUAGGUCGCUCGCUACAGACUUAUGACCUUAAACGCGGCCUCAACCUCGUCUUCAUAACUCGACCCCAGACACCAAGUACCAUAACGGCGACAUGCGCUUGGAAACAGAAGGUAUUCGUUGCUUGGGGCGACCCCCGAGAGGGCUCCACUCAGGGUAUAUGGAUUUUCCAAAGAGGAAAGAAAGUCGGCGAGUUAGAACUUCCCUCUGAUCUCAACGAGCCUAUCAAGCAGAUUCUCGUUUUUGGAUCCUGGGUUGUUGCCUGUGGCUUAACAAGAAUAGAAGUGUGGAAAACGGCGACCGCGGAGCAUUAUACCACUCUCUUUACUAUGGCUUCAAAAAAGCUCGACAACGAACUGACCGGAGGUAUAUGUACGAUGCCGACUUACUUGAACAAGAUUUUCGCUGGACGUCGGAACGGAUGGGUUGAGAUCUGGAACAUUUCCACGGGGAAGCUUAUCUACACCAUCCUACCCCCAUCUCCAAGUUGCGGCGCUGUCACUUGCAUGCAACCAACACCUGCGCUUUCUCUUAUGGCUAUCUCAUAUGCAGAGGGACCUUUGGUCAUUCAUAACGUUCUCACGGACAAGAAAGUACUCGAGGUUAACGCGGGUACCGAGGACGCGCCCGUAACAAGCAUCUCAUUCCGCACGGACGGUAUUGGUGCGGGGCAGGAUGGGCGCAAAGAUGGUGUUAUGGCCACGGCCACGCAGUCGAGCGGCGAUAUCACGUUCUGGGACCUUAACCAGGGUGGCAGGAUCAUGGGUGUUCUUAGAAGCGCCCAUAACCCCCCCAUGCAAGAGGGGGCAUCUAUUCGCGGAGGCGUAAGCAAGAUUGAGUUUCUUGCCGGCCAACCCGUUAUCGUCACCAGCGGCAGAGAUAAUUCAUUGAAAACUUGGAUAUUCGACGACACCCCCUUUUCACCUAUACCGCGAAUACUACACACGAGGAGUGGCCAUGCCGCACCAGUUACUAGUUUGCAAUUCUUGCCAACAGAUUUUGAAGGUGCCGAGGCAGGUAAUAAAUGGCUUCUCAGUGGUGGUAAGGAUAGGAGUCUUUGGGGUUGGAGUCUUCGACGCGACGGUCAGAGUACAGAAUUGAGUCAGGGAAAUAUCCGCAAGAAGGCUAAGAAGUAUGGAAUUCUAGACAGCGGUACCCUAAGCCGCGGUCCAACUACUACACUUGAUGACUUGAAAGCGCCAGAGAUCACAUGCAUAGCAUGCUCUCUGAAUCGUGAUGGCGGAAUGGGCGCCUUACCCGGGAAGCAGGUAUUAUGGCAAAAAUCACAAAAUCAAAAGAAACCCGUGGACGCCGAGAUCAGCGGCAUGACGGGUUGGGAGAGCGUGGUUACGGCGCACAAGGACGACCCGUAUGUUCGAACCUGGUUUUGGGGCCGAAAAAGAGCUGGAAGGUGGGCAUUCCAAACCGGAGACGGCGCAAACGUGUCAUCCGUAGCAAUGAGCCCGUGUGGAACCUUUGCUGUUGUUGGGUCUGUUGGCGGAUCUAUCGACAUGUUCAACCUUCAAUCAGGCCUACAUCGCCAACGAUUUCCAUCUAAGCUUACACCGGCGCAGGCAAGACAGGUUAAGAUGCAACAGUUGAGACAGGCGGAUACCGUCGUCCAGCUUCAAGCUCGAUCUACUACUGGCUUCGCACCAGGCACGGGAAGGCAUACGAAACCUGUCACCGGCAUCGUUGUCGAUUCUAUGAACAAAUAUGUGAUUAGCUGCUCAUUAGAUGGCAAAGUGAAGUUCUGGGAAUUUCUCACGGGGAAUCUACUGGAAGAAAUCAACUGGGCUCCAAUGACAGGAAUCAUAGGCUGCCGCUACCACGCUGCGAACGAUCUCAUAGCUUUCUCUUGCGACGACAACUCUAUUCGAGUCGUGGAUAUCGAGACGAAGCAGACAAUCCGUGAAUUCUGGGGAUGCCAAGGAAAAAUCAAUGAUUUUAUUUUCUCUAACGACGGCCGCUGGAUAGUAGCAGCCUCCCAGGAUGCUAUAGUACGAGUUUGGGAUUUACCGACAGGUCACUUAAUUGAUGCUAUUCGAUUAGAAAAGCCUUGCACCGCACUGGCCUUCUCCGCAACGGGAGAAUAUCUGGCUGCGGCAACUGAAGGGGAGUUGGGUGUAAACAUUUGGAACAAUAAAACGCUCUUCACCCACGUCCCAACCCGACAAAUAUCUGAAGAUUCAAUCAAGCAAAUAUCAGGACCAACGGCAUCAGGAGAGGGCGGUCAAGGCUUACUUGAAGCAGCCUUUGAUGAGGCAGCCUCUCAGGAGGAAGAUGAAAUCACUGCACCUGGUGUGGAUCAGCUCAGUGCCGAUAUGAUGACCUUGAGUUUAGUUCCACGAAGCAGAUGGCAAACUUUACUACAUUUGGACUUGAUUAAGCAGAGGAAUAAGCCGAAGGAAGCCCCCAAGGCUCCGGAGAAAGCACCGUUCUUCUUGCCAUCAACAACUAACACAGGGGCCUCGAAUCAAGACACACUCCAACCCAACACGAACCAAGAUCAAAGUCAAUCGAGGAUUACUCGUUUCGAUCGGAACAGGGCAGAGCAGGUCUUCAGUAACAAACUGCAAGCGGGAGCUACCUCUGGCAAUUAUACCGAGUUCAUCGAGCAUCUUAAAUCCCUCUCUCCAGCUACGGCAGACCUAGAAUUGCGCUCUCUGACACCUGGCGACGACGAGGAAUCCAACGAGCUGCUUCAUUUCAUUCACGCUAUGACUAGCCGCCUCGUAGCGCGACGCGAUUAUGAGCUCACUCAAGCCUGGAUGGCUGUCUUCCUUCGUCUACAUUUCGAUUUGAUCUUGGCGAGUGAUACCCUAAUGAACGCAUUGUCGGAAUGGAAGAAACACCAAGCAGAAGAAUGCAAUAGGUUGGAUAACCUGGUUAGUUACUGUGGAGGAGUGGUGAACUUCUUAAGAAGCCCACGGACGUGAUUUAGAAUUGUCAUGUCAAAUACCUAUAUAUAUAUACCUUCUAUGUAUGAAUAUUUAUCAUCUUGAGGGUAGGCAAUCCUAACUGUAAUACGAGCCAGUGUUUUCAUAGUCAUAAAUGUUUGAAGUAGUGCUCAUUCAAGACGACGUAGGGUCUAAGAAUUUGAUGGAAGACGCUUCCGAUACGGAGGUAUUUGACUUUGACUUGGAAGCGUUGAAGGUUCAACUUCCGC